AUGACCUUCCAUGCCCGGGAGGUUGAUGUGGGAUCAGCCCUCCCAAAGGCGUCUGGCAAAGUGGAGACUUGGCCCACCUUCGUGGCAGCUCUGGGAGCAAGGCCCUGCCACAGUCUGCGCACCCGAGGCUUGAAUUGUCACCAGUGCAAGGGCUUCGGAGGGUGCCUCAAUGCGUCCAGAUGCCCCUGGGGCUCCAACUACUGUGUCAGCAUCGGCACCCGAGUCCCCUUCAGCGCCAUUGACCUGCCUCUGGUGACCAAAUCGUGCUACAGCGGCUGUCCGGACAUCCCCAGCCUGGGCCUGGGCCCCGACGUGUCCAUCGUCUGCUGCCAGUACAGCCUCUGCAACACCGACUGACCGCCGUUCCCCCUCAGCUGUCCCCCCACUCACAGAGCUGACAUGUGCCCAGACCCCCAGGCAGACGCUGCUCCCCAGGCAGCUGAGCCGGGCCACCAGGGCUGGGGAGAUGCUCCAGGAGCGUCCCAGGGCAGAGCAGCAGCUCGGAAGAACUAGAGGUGGCCCUGGGCGGGGAGGGGGAGGGGCGCUUGGGGGAACUGGAGAGGGGAAGACGGCAGGAACAGAGCAGACAGGCGCCCCCACCCCCACCCAUGCACAGGUGCACGCACGCCCCCGCGCCCCCGCACCCCACCCCACACACUGGGAAACUUAAUCAUGGCUCCAGCCAGCCUCCAGCUGCGAAGUGGACCAAGACCCGCCCCCCCCAGCCAGGGGGCAUGGCUCCUCCCCACCACAUGACCCCAGACACAGCGCCCAGCCCUUUCCUUGUCCUUACCCCGGCCACGCUCUCAUGAAAGAAAACGUGGAAAGGCCAGUGUGGUGGUGCAGCCACCCAGUGUGGGGGGUAGGGUCCCGGCAGAGAGUGACCCCACACAAAGGCACAAGCAGGACCUCGGGCCAGCAGGGCUGGGGGCACAUGGGAGGGUGUCUCUCCAGACCGCGGAGUGCGUCCCCUGGUGCUGCCAAGGGCUGCACGAACCUGAGACACACGGAGAGCAAGAGGCCACAUACGGAAGACCGGAAGACCGCAUUCUCCGUGCUUCCAUUUCUUCGAAGUGCUCAGCACAGGCAAAUGCGAAGAGGCGGGGAGCCAGCGAGCGGUGGCCAGGGCCUGCUGGGAAUGCGCUGGUGCGCGGGGGUGGCAGC